AUGUUGGAGGCGGUGAAUUUUCCAAAAAACUUUUUCAGCAAGAGAGGUUUUGAUUCGGAUUUUAUUUACAAUGUCAGAGAUGAUCGGCCCCCUAAUCUAUGGGUCGCUUGGCAGAGAGGGGUGAGCAAGCCUAUCGUUGUGGCUUCCUCAGACCAGCAGAUUUCUAUGAAUGUGCAAUGGGCAGAGACCCUAUUUCUUUUCACUGUGGUGCAUGCAAAAUGUGUGCGGGCUGCUCAAAGAGACCUAUGGAAUGAUUUGGUAAGUGUUAACCCUGGCCUUAACGUGCCCUGGAUGGUGGUUGGGGAUUUUAACGCUACCUUGGCAUCUCAUGAAAAAAGGGGUCCUGGAGUAUUUAACCUGGGGUCGGUUGCGGAUUUGGGAGCUAUGGUGGAUGCUUGCCUUCUUAUUAAAAUCCCAUCUCAGGGUCGAAAAUUCACUUGGUCCAACAACAGAAGGAGGGGCAAUGUUGCUGCUGUUCUGGAUAGAAGUUUCUGCAACGACACCUGGAUCUCCACCUUCUUGGAUCUCCACCAAGUUGUCCUUCAGAGGGUGGCCUCCGAUCACUCCCCGGUCCUGGUGGUGUCUGCGGCUUCAGAAAGACUAAGAAAUUGCCCCUUCAGAUUUCAGCACUUUUGGACAGAGCACGAGACCUUUUUACACACUGUGAAGAGAUCAUGGGACGAGGACAUCAAAGGUUCCCCCAUGGUGGUAUUUGUGGAAAAAUUAAAAAGAUUAAAAGGGGUUCUGCGGACAUGGGGGAAAAGCAGUUUCCCAAAUUUUAACGUUGAGUUGGAGGAUGCAAAGAAAGGACUGAAAGACAUGCAACGGGAGAUUGAGGAACAGGGUAUGUCUGAUGAGAUUUUUUCUUGGGAAGCUAAUGCAAAAACAAGGCAGCUGAAGCCCUUGGAGAAUUACAAAAAAUUAUGGACUGAAAAAGCUCGUAUUAAAUGGCGACUGCAGGGCGAUAGAUGUUCCAAUUUUUUUCACAUCUUUGCAAAGAUGAGAAGAAUUAAACACUCUAUUAGAAUGAUUAGACAAAAGGAUGGCGUGGUUCUUGUUGAAAAAGACCAAAUUGAAGGCUACGUGACCAAGGUUUAUGAAAACUUUCAUAAAGAUGUCCCUACCCAUGAUCAUAUGGAGCUCUUGGAGUGUAUUCCUAAUUCUUUAGAGGAGGACAAGAGGACUGGGCUGGAUUUGACUCCAUCUGAUGAAGAAAUUAAGGGAGCUGUUUGGGACCUCGAUUCUGAGAGCGCCCCGGGUCCGGACGGAUUUCCAGGUACAUUCUAUAAGGUAUGUUGGGAUAUCAUUGCGACAGAUGUUUGCAAAGCUAUUAAUUUCUUUUUCAGAACAGACUACUUGCCUUACAGAAUCAAUAACUUUUUUUUUGGUAUUGAUUCCGAAAGUGAAGGGAGCGAUUUCUCUGGAUAA